ACAACCAUUUUUUCUGCAUCCCAGGACACAGUCCUCUUUGUAAGGGGUGCAAUUUUUUAAAACUAAUUUUUGAACUGAUUCUACUCGAUUUUUAUACUAAUUUUCGAACUGAUUCUACUCUGUUACUGGGGAAUGAUAGUCUCAGCCUUUCCCUCCUGGGUGACUUUGUAGCCACAAACUGUAUUUGGACUGGUCCAUCAUUAGCUCUUCUCACUGGAAAUCCUUCAGUGGACAAAUGGGAAGAAGAUACAGGUUAUUUCCAAAAGCAUCCUUGGUCCAGACCCCUCCAAAAGACCUCUGUUACCACAGCAAGUCAGUGCUAUUGCCAUGUCCACCUCAUCGAAUAGCACCUAAGUGGGAAAGAGACCCCUUACUUAGGUCUGAGAGAAUGAACAGAUUCAGUGACCCGCCCAACUCCAUCCAAUUACCCGUUUAUCAUUAUCACAGGACAGAGCCUGCAACCUUGCCUUGUCUUAAGAAUCCAGCCACAAAUUCGGUGCCGUUGCCGUACCUGAAUUACCAGGUUACCCCUAAGCCACCCCCAUACCCAUGCCAUCGCAGUCACUCUGUCUUAUCUCUGCCUAACCCUGAUUUCAGGACAAGGUCAAACAUAUCCCUAGGAAACCCUCCUAAAGAUGUUAAACCUCCUCUCCACCCAAAAUACUACACAGAGAGUCCUGUUGUGCUCAAGCGCUUCCCCAAGAUCUCACAGGGUCAGAACUUUCAGAAGGAGGAGCUGCCACAUCUCAGACAGAAGUCACCAGCACUCCUAUUCCCCGAGCACAGGUCUGAAGACUUGUCACAUCUCAAGCAGCAGCCUCCCUCUCUCAAAGUCAGCCCUCACCGUGAGGCUGAAGAGCUGUCACAGCCCAGACAGAAGCCCCCAGCAUCACCCUCCAUCCCCGACUACCAUCUGGAGGCAACAUCACCCAGAAAGACCAGGGAUUACACAUUCCCUGACCGUCAGCCCAGUGCCAGAUCUGCCCCAGAAACUUGCAGUCCCUCUGCAGAAGCAGCUCAGGAUAAUAAGCAACAAGUGAAAAUUGUAGCUUUUGUGUUGGGCAGAGGAGAAACCAAAUGUCUAAUUAUACAAUCCCCUUUUAAGGACCACUCUUCUGAGACAGAUGUAGUUUUAGAAAAUGUAUCAGACCUUGAGUAUUUGGUCAAUGAGACUUCAAAACAGGUUGAUCUUCACUUCAGGGAAAACACGUCACCUUUGCCUAACCUCAACCAGCAGUCUGGAACUUGGGCUUCACCUUCACCCUUGCCCAAAUAUGUGAACAGGAGCACAAGCACAGAAGUCUCCUGGCCUCAAUCCAAUGUCAAGUUCACAUCACCAGAUCCCAACCAGCAGGCCAGGGGAACCACGAGACACCCACAAAGCUUCAUCCCGUGUGCCAAAGCAGCCUCUGAUCCUUCCCUAUCCCUGGGAACCUGGGAGAGCUCUGAGCCCUUCCAAUGCCCUGAGCACGCAACCGAAGCUUCGCCAGGCCCUGACUACAAGGUCAAGGACACCAACUGGCCGCCACCAUCUUCUGGACACAAAGUUAAAACGCCUGGCCCAGGAACUGAUCACUUCAAUGAGGUCUCACCAAACUUAAGUCAUCAGAGAACAAUUCCGAUGGGUCCUGGACAAAGAAAUUCAGCUUCACUAGUCCGGAAUAGUGAGCCUGCAGCAGCAUCUAGCUCAAAGACCCAAGUCAUAACACCAUUGUUCUCUUCCGCUAACCAGAGUGAAAACCUCCCUUGUUCUAAGCUGUUGAGUAAGGAUUCACUGAAACUGGAGUAUAAUAAAUCCAGCAGCCCAGCUAAUGUUGGUCAGCAGGAUGACAGGCCAGUAGACCCUAAUAACCCAGUUACCCCAUCACUCUGCCCUGAACAACAAAUUCAGGCUGUGUGGGACCCAGACUACCAGACCAUAGUGAUACUAUGCUCUGAUGACAAUGCACAGUCUCUAACUAUUUUUGACCAUCCAGAGAAAAAACCACAGACCCCAGACAACCAGGCCAAUCAUAAAUUUGUUGGUUCUCAAUACCAGACUCAGACUGUACCAGACCCUCAUAAGAUCAAAUCUUCAAGAAGUUGUAAAACCAAGGUCAUCCCUCCACUCAAUCAUGACCACACAAUUGAGUCUGAAUCACAGGCUAAGAAGACUAUUCAACCAGCAAGUUCCCUGCAACAAACAAUAUCCCAAUUACCAGAUUAUUGGAUGGUUCUCCCUCAAACCAGUGCAGAUUCUUUAAAGGAGACUACACCAGACUCAAGUGCCCAGGUCAUCCCCUAUCAAACAAAAGCAGACUUCUGGAAAAAAAUGCUGCAGGACCCAGACCACCAGGCCACAACUCUACUAUGCCAGGAUAACAGUGUGGCACCUUCACUGGGCAUAGCCCGCCAAGUCAUAACUCCACCAUGCCAGGAUGAGAAUAUUGAGACACCUCCACUGGGCACAGAUCACCAAGUCCUAACUCUACCAUGCCAGGAUGAGAAUACUGAGACACCUUCACUGGGCAUAGACCACCAGGUGAUAACUCCACUAUGCCAGGAUGAGAAUACUGAGACAUCUUCACUGGGCAUAGACCAUCAGGUGAUAACUCCACCAUGCCAGGAUGAGAAUACUGAGACACCUUCACUGGGCACAGAUCACCAAGUCCUAACUCUACCAUGCCAGGAUGAGACUGGGACACCUUCACUGGACAUAGACUACCAGGUGAUAACUCCACUAUGCCAGGAUGAGAAUACUGAGACACCUUCACUGAGCAUAGACCACCAGGUGAUAACUCCACCAUGCCAGGAUGAGAAUACUGAGACACCUUCACUGGGCACAGAUCACCAAGUCCUAACUCUACCAUGCCAGGAUGAGACUGGGACACCUUCACUGGACAUAGACUACCAGGUGAUAACUCCACUAUGCCAGGAUGAGAAUACUGAGACACCUUCACUGGGCAUAGACCACAAGGUGAUAACUCCACCAUGCCAGGAUGAGAAUACUGAGACACCUUCACUGGGCACAGAUCACCAAGUCCUAACUCUACCAUGCCAGGAUGAGACUGGGACACUUUCACUGGGCAUAGAUCACCAGGUGAUAACUACACCAUGCCAGAAUGAGAAUAUUGAGACACUUUCACGGGGCAUAGACCACCAGGUGACAGCUUCACCAUGCCAAGAUGACAAGGGUGAGACACCUUCACUGGGCAUAGACCACCAAGUGCCAAUUCCAACAUGCCAGAAUGAGAAUAUUGAGACACCUUCACUAGGCAUAGACCACCAGGUGAUAACUCCACCAUGCCAGAAUGAGAAUAUUGAGACACCUUCACUGGGUAUAGACCAUCAGAUAACAAUUCCACUAUGCCAGGAUGAGAAUAUUGAGACACCUUCACUGGCUAUAGAUCACCAGAUGAUAACUUCACCAUGCCAGGGUAACACUGAGACACCUUCAUUGUCCAUAGACCACCAGAUGAUAACUUCACCAUGCCAGGGUGACACUGAGACACCUUCACUGGGUAUAGACCACCAGGUGACAAUUCCACCAUGCCAGGAUAAGCCUGAAUCACCUUCACUGGGCAUAGAUCACCAGGUGACAAUUCCACCAUGCCAGGAUGAGAACAUUGAGACAACUUCACUGGACAUAGACCACCAGAUGAUAAUUCCAACAUGCCAGAAUGAGAACAUUGAGACACCUUCACUGGGCAUAGAUCUUCAGGUAAUAACUUCACCAUGCCAGAAUGAGAACAUUAAGACACUUUCACUGGGUAUAGACCAUCAGGUGAAAAUUCCAACAUACCAGAAUGAGAAUAUUGCGACACCUUCAUUGGGCAUAGACUACCAGGUCAUUACUCCACCAGGACACAAUGACAGUGAAAGAUCUUCACUAGACAUAGACCACCAUAUUGUAACUCCACCAAGUCAAGAUCACAAUGAGAUACCUUCACUGGAUAUAGACCACCAGGUGACAACUUCACCAUGCCAAGAUGACAAGAGUGAGACACUUUCACUGGGCAUAGACUGCCAGAUGAUAACUCCAUCAUGCCAGGAUGACAACAAUGAGAUACCUUCACUAAGCAUACAUUGCCAGAUGAUAACUCCAUCAUGCCAGGAUGAUACUGAGAUACUGGGCAUAGACCAAUGGGUCAUAACUCCACCAUGCCAGAAUGAUAGUGAAACACCUUCACUGAGCAUAGACCACCAAGUCAUAACUCUUUCAUGCCACAAUGACACUAAAAUACCUUCACUAAGCAUAGACCACCAAGUCACAACACCACCAGAACAAGAUGACAGAGGGACACCUUCACUAGGCAUAGACCACCAGCUCACAACACCACCAGAGCAAGAUGACAGAGGGACACUUUCGUUGAGCAAAAAUCACCAGCUCAUAACAUCACCAGAGCAAGAUGAUAGAAGGAUACCUUCACUGGCUAUAGACCACCAGCUCACAACACAACCAGAACAAGAUGAUAGAAGGACACCUUCACUAGCAUAGACCACCAGCUCACAA